ACAAAAAAUGUUUGCCAGUGUCAAGCAGCUCAAAUCUGAGUUAAAAAAAAACUCAAUGGGCGCGUGCAGUGCACACUUCAUCCGUUAGAGGGCGCUGCCACAAUCCUCACUUUUCCAAUCCCAAAACUCCCAUUUCUGUGCAGCAUGGAGCUGGAGCCAGUUUAACAAAGUGAGUACAAACUGUCCAGGGUCGCUUUAGGUGGAGACGCCUGUCACUGCUGGCUCAUCUCGUUCAAGUCGAGUCCGGAUCUGAAACAGGGUCGGGUCAAAUCUCAGCUGCUUCUGGAGUUGGAUCCGCAAAGAAAAGAAAAAGGAAACCAACACAGAGGGAGGGAGAGAGAGAGAGGAGAGGUACACGAUCAGGGAGGACGUGAACGGAAGAGAAAUCUCUGAAACAGCUCAGCAGACCCUGUUAGGAGGCGUUACACUAACGGGAUAAACACGGACUUGUUUUGUUUGUUUCGCCCGCCGGACCCCGCGCUUCCGCUGCCGGGGGAGUGAUGUGUAGUCGGACUGUUGGAGCGAAGCGCGAUCCAAACGUUGUUUCCAGCCUCAGCGGGUUUGUUUCCUUUUUGUUUGCAUUUUCCUGCUCGGAAAAUACUGGAAGUUCGUGUUGUGUGCGUUCAGCUGUGACGAAACGUCAAAUGCAAAUGUGGUGAGUGAGUCCGGGGCUUUGUUCAGACUUCAAAACGCUCUUUUGCUUCUGUGGUGAAGUCCGUUUGCUGUUUGACAAACCGCUGCAUCCAGCUGUUCCCAUAUCGCUGCUGCACGUUUGCGCCUUUAAAAAAAAUCUGAUAAACCAAACAAAACUUUUUCUUCCUGUGGAGAAUGAAGAGAAGAAAACUGUAGCCGCCUCCUGACGCGGGUCGUUACUAGUCUUCAUGCCGGGAUCACAUGGGAGCUGACAUGCGUUUGGACACAGCUGUCUCCUACACAAAGUUUUGAAUUUGCAUGAUUAGAGAGCGGGCUGUGAAUGAUCCACGCCCCCGGAGCCGUAGGAGACCGACCGAAGCGCCUGCUGCUGGGGCACCGUGAAGCACAGCUCUCUCUGCCGGCCGGGCAGCGGCUCCAGGACUCGGGUUAGAGCUCAGAGACAGCCCUCCGGAGCAGAGAUGGAGGAGUGGAGACAAUGCGGGCGGUGGUUGAUAGACUGCAAGGUCCUGCCCCCGAACCACCGGGUCGUGUGGCCCUCGGCGGCCGUGUUCGACCUGGCACAGGCUCUGAGGGACGGGGUGCUUCUGUGCCAGAUGUUGCACAACCUCUCCCCUGGAUCAGUGGAUCUGAAGGAGAUCAAUUUCAGACCUCAGAUGUCACAGUUUCUGUGUCUGAAGAACAUCCGGACAUUUCUCAAGGUUUGUCACGACAAGUUUGGCCUGCGGAACAGCGAGUUGUUCGACCCGUUCGACCUUUUUGAUGUGAGAGACUUUGGCAAGGUCAUCUCUGCUCUGUCCAGGAUCUCCCACCACAGCAUUGCACAAAUUAAAGGCAUCAGGCCUUUCCCAUCUGAGGACACAGCCCUGAAUGAAGAUGAUGUGUACCGAAGCCUGGAGGAGUUGGCAGAUGAGCAUGAUUUGGGUGAGGACGACAUCUACGACUGUGUGCCGUGUGACGACGAUGGUGAUGACAUCUAUGAGGACAUCAUUAAGGUGGAAGUACGACAACCCAUGAUCAGAUACAUGCAGAAAAUGGGCAUGACAGAAGAUGACAAAAGAAACUGCUGUCUAGUUGAGAUCCAGCAGACAGAAGCCAAGUAUUACAAGACUCUAGAGGACAUAGAGAAGAAUUACAUGAUCCCGCUGAAGCAAGUCUUAAACCCACAAGAAAUGGUGGCUAUUUUUGUCAACUUUGAGGAUAUAAUCCGAGUGCACUUUGCCCUCCUGCGAGCCAUAGACAUGAACAUGGUCAGUGGAGGAAGCGGCCUUGGCAAGAUCUUCCUCGACUUUAAAGAGAGACUGCUGAUCUACGGUCAGUACUGCUGCCACAUGGAGAACGCCCAGAAGACACUGGAGGAGCUAAUAAUGAUGCGAGAGGAUGUCAAGAUUAAAGUGGAGGAAUGUACGAUGAAAGUUCAGGAGGGGAAGUUCAAGCUGCAGGAUCUCCUGGUGGUUCCCAUGCAGAGGGUCCUGAAGUAUCACCUACUACUGAAGGAACUUUUAGGUCACUCAGCAGAUCGGCCUGAGAGGCAGCAACUUAAGGAGGCUCUGGAGGCUAUGCAGGACCUGGCCAUGUACAUCAACGAAGUGAAGAGGGACAACGAGACGCUGAAAAAAAUCAGCGAAUUCCAAAGUUCAAUAGAAAAUCUGCAGCAGGUGAAACUUGAGGAGUACGGCAGGCCAAAGAUAGACGGGGAGCUGAAGGUGUCGUCCAACGUCAACAGAACAAAACAAGAUCGGUAUAUCUUCCUGUUUGACAAAGUGGUCAUCGUGUGCAAGAGGAAGGGCUAUAACUAUGAGCUGAAAGAAAUUAUUGAGCUACAGUCGUACAAAAUGUCAGACGACCCCAUGAAUAACCGAGACAUGAAGAAGUCAAGCGGAAAAAUGUGGUCUUAUGGUUUCUACCUGAUCCACCUGCAAGGGAAGCAGGGCUUCCAGUUCUUCUGUAAAACCGAGGAAACGAAGAGGAAGUGGAUGGAGCAGUUUGAAAUGGCUAUGUCCAACAUCAAGCCGGAGCGAGCCACCGCUAAUCAGCACAACUUCCAAAUGCACACGUUUGAUAAGAACACCAACUGUCGAGCUUGCAAGAUGCUGCUAAGGGGCAUAUUCUAUCAGGGCUACUACUGCUCUCGCUGCGGAACAGGAGCUCACAAAGAGUGUCUGGAAGUGAUCACCAUCUGUAAAAUCAAUCCUCUUGACAUGGAGCCUGGCCUAUCACCUGGUCCAAAGAUGGUGGCGGUGAGGAACUACCACGGCACACCAGCACCUGCAGGGAAAACACCUCUCUGCUUCCAAACAGGAGACUUCAUAGAGCUGCUAAAGGGAGACCCAGAUACACCGUGGUGGGAGGGGAAACUGAUGCAGACACCAAAAAGCGGCUUCUUUCCCAGCUCCUGUGUAAAGCCUUGCUUGGACCCAAAGCCCUUCCCGUUGUUAUCCAGCCGGCAGUCCUCCAGAGAGGCCGACUACUUUGGAUAUCCUUGGUUUGCUGGGAACAUGGAGCGACAGCAGGCAGACAACCUUUUAAAAUCCCAUUGCAGCGGGACGUACCUUAUCAGGGAGAGGACGGCUGAAGCGGAGCGCUACGCCAUCAGCAUCAAAUUUAAUGAUGAGGUAAAACACAUCAAAGUUGUGGAAAAGGACAGCUGGAUUCAUAUUACGGAAGCAAAGAAGUUUGAGAGUCUUCUGGAGCUGGUGGAGUACUAUCAGUCACAUUCUCUGAAGGAGAGCUUCAAGUCGUUAGAUACCACGUUAAGGUAUCCCUACAAGUCCAGAGAGCGCUCGCUAAGUCGAGCUAGCACUCGCUCACCAGCAGCAACCUGCGCCUCCUACAAUUUCUCCUUCCUCAGUCCGCAAGGCCUCAACUUCUCCUCCUCUCCGAGCUCAGCUCCCUUCUGGUCAGUGUUCACUCCUCGCGUGGUCAGCACAGCCAUUGCCAGGUAUAACUUUGCAGCUCGGGACAUGAGAGAGCUAUCGCUGCGAGAAGGAGAGAUCGUUAAAAUCUACAGCAAGAUCGGAGGAGACCAGGGCUGGUGGAAAGGAGAGGCCAACGGACGAAUCGGAUGGUUUCCCUCGACCUACGUGGAUGAAGAAGGAGUGCAGUAAAAGGCCCUGUUUCUUAAAAAAACUAAAAAUCAGGAAUCAUCUAUCUGCUGUCCUCAAAGUGACUCUCUCUCUCUCCAGGAAAAGAACACAGGGAGAAAACCCCUAUUUCUUGUUUUUGCUGGAAAAUAACUCUUUUUACUCCGUUUCUUUCAUUCUGGAGUUCCACACUUUUUAAUUAUGCAUAACCUUUUUUUUAGCGGGCAGGAAGUCCUGUUUAAUGUUCUGUACAGGCAGGAAAAGGUAAACAAUAAAGAGUAACAGCUGUUUUGCUGUUUGUCCACCUCAGUGUGAUCUGCAGGGACUUUAGUUCAAACCUGGACACAGCAGAAAGUCACUGUUGAUAGCUUUAUUUUGAAAACUGCUCUCCUUUGUUGCAGGUCUGUGCAAGGUGAAUUAAUUGUACAGUAUAGAUAAUUUAUUGAAUAGAGAUUAUUAUCAGUACUAAUGCUUAUUGUGAGAAGGUUGAGCAAAGAUGCAGAUCAAACAAACUUAAAAAAAGAAAGAAGUGUAAUUUUUUUUGUUUUUGUCAGAAUUUUUUUUUUUUUGCUUUAGUUGUCAUGGUGAUGCCUUGUGGGCUUGUACCAGUGGAUGGAAUCGACCUUGUGGACUGGUUCUACUUCUCCAUGAAUGCAUGAUCCCAUGAGCGGCCCACAUAAACACACACACACACAUACACACACAUACAAGCAUACAGUCGGUGCCUUCGACAAACGGUCGCGAAUCAGUAAAGAUUCUCGCCGUCUCAAAAACUGAACUGGCGCACUUGUGCAGGACUUUACUGAUGGAGGGGGCGGGGCACUAAUGCAACACGGUGGAAGCGGCUCAUUCCUCCUCACACGAGACUCUCGGAGGCAACGAGGAGGUUUCUCACAUGCACAGUUCAUGCCGGGGUCUCAAGCUGGAUGCUAAAGGGAAACAUCAGUACUCCAAAGGCCACUUUUAAAUCUGUUCAUCAUUUUCUGCACAGAACCACAGUUUAUGUUUUGAGCUGAACUUUUUCUGUAAUCUCGCACCAAAGCCAAAUUCAGCCACGUGUCUGCAUGAGGUUACGAGUCCUCUACCUUGCCUUAUUUAGAUUUUUUGCUUUUACUGUUCAUCAGGUGAUGGUAUUCAUCCCUCCAUCCUCCAGACCAGUCAUUUUUUAUGUGAGAAAAUCCUGUUGGUGCGAUGUUGGUGUCUGAAGAUUAUUUUAUAAUCAGAAGGAUUAUUCUUUGUGGAGUUGCUGUGCUUAGUGUUCAAGUUGAUUCCCAGUCAUUUCCUGGUGCUAUUAUCACUUCACAGAUGUGCAGCUUUUACUUUGAAAGGGAAAAAAAUGAAGUAUUUUUUUCUUUUGCAGACUCUUCGAUGUUUGACAACAAAGUUAACUACAUGGAAUCUUUAUUUACAUUCCAUCUGCUGGUUCUAGUAUUUGAUCAAAGAUUUCCCACAAUCCUUUGCAACAAAACAAUAUAAUGGUAUAAGAAAGUAAAAUCUGCUGUUUAUCUGCAAGGUGGAAUCAACGAGGGGCUCCAUCACACAAUGUGACAUAUUUCUCUUAGAAUGAAGCACUAAACACACCAGCUCCUCCACAGACUUUAUGGAGCAGAACAUGCUGUUUUGUUUUGAAACGGUUGUGUGAAAAGUUUUCAUGAGAAAAUCAUCCUGAAACCAGGGUCACGUGGGACAGAUGGUGGUGAUUGGAGGGGAUGUAACCAUUGCAUGUGACUGAUAUGUCAGCUCCUGCCAGUUCGUCCUUGAACAAAGAAGUACCUGAUUGUAAUUUUUUUUUUUGUAUAAUUUUUUUCAGUUGACUGGUUGAUUAUUUACGAAUGAGGUCUAUCAAGAAAUAAACCUUUUGUUUAAAAUUUGAA